AUGUGUAAAAGAAACCCAAAUCUUUUGUUGUCUUUAGGAAAUGACUUGCUUGAAGAUUCCCCCUAUGAACCAGUUAACAGCAGAUUAUCAGACAUAUUUAGGCUAGCACCAAUCGUAUCAGUGGAGCCAGCACUUUCAAAGGGGAACAACUGUUUGGAUGCAGCAAAAGCCUGUAACCUAAACGAUACCUGCAAGAGGUUCAGAUCUGCUUAUAUAACCCCCUGCACCAGCAGUACGUCUAAUGAAAUCUGCAACAAGCGGAAGUGUCAUAAGGCUCUCCGGCUAUUUUUUGACAAAGUUCCCCCAAAGCACAGCUACGGGAUGCUCUUCUGCUCCUGUCGAGACAUAGCGUGUACAGAAAGGAGACGGCAGACUAUUGUUCCUGUGUGUUCCUAUGAAGACAAGGAGAAACCAAACUGCUUGAAUUUACAAGAUUCCUGCAAGAAGAAUUACAUCUGCAGAUCUCGCCUUGCAGAUUUUUUCACAAACUGCCAGCCUGAGUCACGGUCUAUUAGUAGCUGUCUGAAGGAAAACUAUGCUGACUGCCUCCUCGCUUACUCGGGGCUUAUUGGCACAGUUAUGACACCAAACUACAUAGACUCCAACAGUCUCAGCGUUGCCCCGUGGUGUGACUGCAGCAACAGCGGUAACGACAUAGAAGAAUGCUUGAAAUUUCUGAAUUUCUUCCAGGACAAUACAUGCCUUAAAAAUGCAAUUCAGGCCUUCGGCAAUGGUACAGAUGUGACUGUGUGGCAGCCAAUCCUACCAGUACAAACCACCACAGCAACAACUACGACAGCUUCCAGAUUUAAAAACAUGGGCUCAGAGAGCACCAACAAUGAAAUACCCACCCACAAUGAUUUACCAGCAUGUGCAAAUCUGCAGGCACAGAAGCGGAAAUCCAAUGAAUCUGUAGACACAGAACUCUGUCUUAAUGAGAAUGCUAUUGGGAAGGACAACACAAUCAGAGUCUCCACCAGUCACAUAUCGUCAGAGAAUUCAUCUGCUCUUCCUACAAGCUUCAGUUUAAGCACACUGCUGAUAUUGAUGACAAUUGCACUCUCAAUCCCUUUGUUCUUAAGUUCAUCAGAAACCUUGUAGCUGCAUUACAAAAGGACACGUUAAAAAUAAAAAUUCUGUUCCCCGUCCUCUGUUGUUUAUCUGAAAUUCCAGUUCUAGGAGCUGAGUUGAAGCAUUCUGCUAAAACAGUUUCAUUCAACUGGAAUUUUUCUUUCUUCCUUUCUUUUUUUUUUUUUUUUUUUUUUUUUUAAGUCUUCUCGUGAUAUUUAGGGGCUUUGUGAGAUACUUGAUGCAGUGGUACAUUCCGAACCCAAAAGGCUUUUGGGAAUGCAGUGUUUUAAAGAGACAGUAUGUAAAUUUGCCUGUAAAGCAAUCUGUUUGGAUUUUUUAUUAUUAUUUCAAUUCUGACCUUUUACCUGAGAAGGAAGAUGUCAGUUUUCUUAAGAUCCUAUUUAUCUCAUUUAAUGAUUCUGAUUUUAAAAUUAAAUGAACAUCAGACUAACGAGGAUGCAAGGCUUUUGUCACAUGGUGAAUGUUCUCCCAGAGAGUGGACUUCAUGAAAUGUCUUCAUUUGAUAGAUUGCUACUGAUGUUUAACUCUUUCAAUGUAUUAGCAUUCUCCUCUUUAAAUGUUUAUGUAAUGUAAGUGGUUCUGCAUUCCUUGCUGAGAAACCAUUAUAAGUCACAUACAGGUGUAACGUACAUCUUUUAGUUAAAAUCUCAUAAAAAACAGUGUGUGAUAAACUUUUACUUUUACCAGUACUUCUAAAUUUUAAUUACAUUUAGCCUUAACAAGGGGUGAAAAUUCCUUAAAUUAACAAGAAGCAAUCAUUGUGAACACUUCAUAAUGCUAAAUUUAUUUAAAUUUACAAGGAUAUACAUAAUAGAAACAAAUUUUGCUAAAGAGUUUCAAUUGUACAAUUGUUGGUCUUCUAUACUUCUAUUGUAAUAAUACAGUCUAGUUAUUUUACUGUUGGUUUAAUAAAAAUGGCAUACAAUUUAUUUCAUCUACUAAAACAGCAUUAUCUGCUUAUAUUUACAUAGUAUAUCAACUCUAAAAGUUAAAGGCGCUUUAUGCCUUAGCUCUCUGAUCACACCAGUAUAGACUGAAAGUAGGACAUAAAACAGAAAUGUGAAAUUUAAAUUGUGUAUCAUUUCUUAUACUGCUAAAAUCAACACAUAAAGGGAUCAUUGCUUCAGUUAUGGAUACAGUCAUGCAAACCUCAUCUAUGUAAGUAGUUAUUACUCACACUAGUACUCCCACUCCAGCCCAUGGGACUGCUGGGGUUUGCAAAAUUGGACCCAUAAAUGGUUUAAUGGCAGUAUUGCCAGUGCACAUGAUUUAAACACUUUUGUUUUCAUUUGGUGACAUCAACAUCCUGUGCUGAAUCAUGAUGAUUUUCUGCAGUAUCUAGAAGGGAUUUUUUUAAAGCUUUAAAUGUCAUCAGAUAGGCAGCGUGUCUCCUAAGGGCUGUCUAUAUACCUGACUGUAGUGGCUUGGUGACUGUUACAAGCAGUUAUGUCUAAAUGAUCAACUGUAAUCUGUUUUUGUUUUUAUUGAAAGUAAGUGAUCACUUUGCUAGGCGUAGAGGUCAUCACUCUGAAUUUAUAGUUUUACACUGAAACCUACAUGAUGUGUUCAGGUUUGGUUGAAAUGUCCAGAUCAGAUAUUUGCAAUAAAAAUACAAACUAGAGAUCAUUGACUUCAGUGCUGCUAGCAAUGUGAAAAAUAUACAUCUCACUAACCAAUUGUUAAACUAUUGGCUGAUCCAUAUUUGGGAUUUUUUCUUUUUACCAAGCUAAUAAAAGCAGUGCAAAAAAUUCUAAAAA